UCCACCACCCUGAGCCUGUGAGGUGAGGCGAGCUCUCUCUAGUGCCACUCUCUCCAGCUUCUUCUUCUUCCUUGUUUCAUGGCAGGAAAGGCUGAGGCGAUGAUGGGCAUAGCGCAUCCAUUUUGACCCAUGCCAUCCUGGACCUAUAUACAUACUCCCACCACCACACUCCCCCAACCUCUCUCUACUUCUACCACCACCACUAUCACCACUCUCUCUCGUCUCGUCUCUCCUCUGCUUUUGCCUGCGCAAGCUUUUGCUUUGUUUUAGGUGCUUCUUUCCCACUUUUCUCCCCCCUGCGUUGUCACGCACACCAAAAGCUCGAACCUUUACCUUAUCUCCGGCCCUCCUUCCCGUAGUGGGAUUUGGUGGCUACUUGCCUCGCCCUCCCGCGCGCGCUUCUUUGCUCGAUUGGGGCCGUCUCCGCUCGUCACCGCACGCUCCUUCUCGGAAUUCGGCCUCUUCUUGCGCAAUUGAGGGUGCGCAGAUCUUUGCGCGGCAAGGGGAUCGAUGAACUGCGGCCCGCCGGACCAGCUGCCGCCGCCGCCGCCGCAGAGCUUCCUCAACCUCAACAGCUGGGACAGCUCCUCCAUGGACGCAGGGCGCCAGCUCGACCCCAUGACCUCCUCCCCGCCCGCCGCCAACGCCACGGACGCCCACGCGCUCCACGGGAUCUCGCCGCGCCCGCACUACGCCGGCUCGCCGCCCAAGCUCAACCUCUCCAUGAUGGGCCAGUACCACCCCCACCACUACCCUGGCGGCGCCGGACUGCCGCCCACGCUGGAGAACUUGAUGCCCAUAGCCUCCCUGGACCAGUUCCUCGCCGACCCGGGCUUCGCCGACCGCGCCGCCGCGCGGCUCUCCGGCUUCGACGCCCGCGCCAGCUACGGCCUCCCGGACGACGGCCCCGUCGGCGCAUUGAGGGAGAUGGAGCUCCGGGACGACUCCUCGGUCUCCGAUCCGGCGUCGGCCGGCCCGCUCAAGGACGGCAAUGCGCGCAAGCGGAAGGCCGCCGGCAGCAAGGGGAAAGGCAAGGACAGCUCCAUGUCCACCUCCGCCAAGGAUCUUCUCGCAAAGGACGAUUCGGCGUCGAAGCGUUGUAAAUCCAUGGAGGAGGGCAACGCCGCGGAGGAGAAUUCCGGCAAGGGGAAAGCCGCGCAGAGCAGCAGCGAGAACGGUGGCAAGAAGCAGGGCAAGGACGGCAGGCCCGUCCCCGACCCGCAUCAGGACUUCAUCCAUGUCCGGGCGCGGCGCGGAGAGGCGACGGACAGCCACAGCCUCGCCGAGAGGGUUAGAAGAGAGAAGAUCAGCCAGAGGAUGAAGCUGCUGCAGGAUCUUGUCCCGGGUUGCAACAAGGUGGUAGGCAAGGCUGUGAUGCUCGACGAGAUCAUCAACUACGUGCAAUCGUUGCAACGGCAAGUCGAGUUUCUGUCCAUGAAGCUGGCGACGGUGAAUCCCCAGCUGGACUUCAACAAUUUGCCCAACCUCCUUGCUAAAGAUAUGCAGCAGUCAUGUGGCCCGUUGCAGAGCUCCCAGCAUUUCCCGCUGGACGCCUCAGGUGCACCUCUCCCCUUCAUGAGCCAGCCUCACCAGGGGAACAACAACCCACUCGGCUGUGGCAUGAGUGACGGCAUGGACGAUCAGGGCUCCAUGCACCCGCUAGACCCGGCGUUCUGCCGGUCAAUGGGCUCGCAACAUCAUUUUCUCAACGGAGUUGGCGACGCCGGCUCUCAGGUUGGGGCAUUCUGGCAAGAUCUGCAGAGUGUUGUUCAAAUGGACAUGGGGCAGAGUCAGGAGAUGGCCACCUCUUCCAACAGCUACGACGGCUCAUUGCAAACGGUCCACAUGAAAAUGGAGCUUUGACAUCAUCCGCCAUGUAAGAAGUUCUCGAUCGGACCGAAGCGUCGACGCCCGCUGUACAUAGAGAGACGAAGCCAGCCAAGUCAGUCAAGCUUGCCAUCCAUGGAAGCACUCAGAGAUUCAACCUAACUAUGUUGGGCCCUAGUAGUGCCUUUAGCUUCUAAUUUGCAUUGCAUCCAUCCUAUGGUAAAACGAUUCUUUUGAACAAAAAACGGAACGCGGCCGUGUAACGGUAGCUAGCCCUUCCUAUCAAAUUCCACCUCUUGCAUGUUUAGCUAGCUGCAAACAAGUUCAGUACAUAGCGCGGCGCGCUGCACGGAUGACUGAUCAUCAUCAGUCAGAGUCAGGACCCCUUCUGCCUUGCCCCUUUUCAAGCGAAGAGGGUAAUUGAAGAUGUGUAAUAUCAUUUGUAUUGCCACUAUAUAUAUUUUUAGCAGAUAAAUACCAUUAUUAAGCAGACCUU